AGCCACGAUCCUUGGUCAUUCCGGAUGAUCUGAGUAAGAUGGCUGCUGCGCCUACUUUGCCUCAGUGCGCAACCGGGCCUGAAGUGAUUCGUGGGCAGGUGUUCGACACCGGGCCGCGAUACACUAACCUCAGUUACAUCGGGGAGGGAGCUUAUGGCAUGGUUUGCUCAGCUCAUGACAAUGUGAAUAAAGUUCGUGUGGCCAUCAAAAAGAUCAGCCCUUUUGAACACCAGACAUACUGCCAGCGAACCCUGCGUGAGAUUAAAAUCCUGCUGCGCUUCAAACAUGAGAAUAUCAUUGGCAUCAAUGACAUCAUCCGAGCCCCCACCAUUGACCAGAUGAAAGAUGUAUACAUUGUACAGGACCUGAUGGAAACAGACCUGUAUAAAUUGCUGAAGACUCAGCAUCUUAGCAAUGAUCACAUCUGUUACUUCCUGUAUCAAAUCCUGCGAGGGUUAAAGUACAUCCACUCUGCCAAUGUCCUUCAUCGGGAUCUCAAACCAUCCAACCUACUGCUCAAUACCACCUGUGACCUGAAGAUCUGCGAUUUUGGUCUGGCACGUGUGGCUGACCCAGACCAUGAUCAUACUGGGUUCCUGACAGAAUAUGUUGCCACCCGUUGGUACCGAGCACCCGAGAUUAUGCUCAACUCCAAGGGAUAUACCAAGUCAAUUGAUAUUUGGUCAGUAGGCUGUAUCCUGGCAGAGAUGCUCUCCAGUAGACCCACCUUCCCAGGAAAACACUAUUUGGAUCAGCUCAACCAUAUCCUUGGUAUUCUUGGCUCACCCUCUCCAGAGGACCUGAACUGUAUAAUUAAUGUCAAAGCCAGAAACUACCUGCAAUCUCUCCCUCACAAGAACAAAGUUCCUUGGAACAGACUGUUCCCGAAGGCUGAUGGGAAAGCUUUGGAUUUAUUGGAUAAAAUGUUGACAUUUAAUCCACACAAGAGGAUUGAAGUGGAAGCAGCUCUUGCUCAUCCUUACCUGGAACAGUACUAUGACCCCAGCGAUGAGCCUAUUGCAGAAGCGCCCUUUAAGUUUGAUAUGGAGCUGGAUGACCUACCCAAGGAGAAGCUGAAGGAGCUGAUCUUUGAGGAGACAGCCAGGUUUCAACCCCUCUAUCAGCAUUCCUAAACUACAGGCGCCCUUGCAUACAGGGCCAGGACUGCAGGACUGGAUGUGCACAGAGUUCGUUUGUUUCUAACUCCUCCUGAAUCCUGUCUCAUGCAUCUCAGCUUACUCAUUGUACUCUCUCUCUCUCAAAUUUCUGCCAUGGCACCUGUAACUGGGGAUUGUCCAUUCUGGAAGCCAUGGCGGUUGUUUUCUUGCUGUGGACUCUCUCAACUCGGGGGGUGAGAAUUCACACUCUGGCUGUGUUUGUAUUUGAAAGAUAUACAGCCAGUGUGUGCACACUUAGUAAUCUACAUCCUAUGUAACUUAGUGAUGAUGUUUGAAAGAAAGCAGGACUGGCAUUUUGAGCUGUUACACAAAUUAUGGCAGACAUGUCUGAUUCCAAUAAGCACUUCAGUUUAGUUUUAUUUUUAAUGCACUUUGAGAAAUAUCAAAGUAUAACUGAUCAUUCAGUAUUACACCUGCUCGGUUUCUAGUUACAUCAGUGACUGGUCUGUCAUUUAAGAUCUUUAAAUGCAUUGUAUGGUUUUUCUGAACCUUGCUUGUUUCAGUGAGAUCCCAUAAGGUUUAAUGAAGUGUUUAAUGUCCAAUGAAAGGAACAAUGAGACUGUAACCUGCAUUCUUUUAAACCAGUGUUGCUCUGUUGGUUGGUUGUAUAGAUUGUUACUUGUACACUUUAAAGAAGGCUGCCCUGCCAAGGUGGUUCCCUCACUAAUAAGUCUUUUAUAGAUUAAAAGUAAAUUACUGGUGUAUAUCCCUGAAAUAUUAGUUAUGUAAUGUUGAUGUAUAUCAAAGACACUGUUGUCUUUUACUCUGGUUUUGUUUUAGUAACAUUCCUUUGAAUAUAUUGAAAGAAACUAACUUGAUUCCAUUUCAGAAGCUUCGACUUGCUAACGUGCAUCCAAGUUUAAAGUCUUACCUGGUCCGUAAGUGGGUUCUGCCUCACAUUGUCCUGCAACAGUUUUCUAUAUUACACAGUAAUAACUGGCUCCAUCAAAGAAGUACAAAUGGAGCUGCUUUAGCUUGAGAAUGUUUGAUCAGUUGUGAAGGAAGCCUCUGUGAGUGGGUCUCCUUGAGAGCAGCUUGGAAUUCUAAGACGCUGUGUGCUUUUGCCAUUUGAGAAUGAAGGGUGCCGUAAAGAUUCCUAUCCCUUUUCUGUGUUCGCAGAGUGUUUGUGGAUGAAGCCUGUACAAUGUGGAGCUUUCUUAGCUAUAUUUGAAUUCAAAGUGCAGUGCCUGAUCUUAGUCUCGAAAGCUAUUGUGGUGACAAUUGCCUUGUACAAUUUACCGUGUCCAAGCAUGACUGUUAAGCUUUGUAUACAAAGACUGUCCAAGUGCCACACACACACUCACCCUGUCCCUCCCUCCCUCUUCUCUCCCCCCCCCCCCCCCCCACGCACCCCUCUCUCUCUCUCUCUCUCUCUCUCUCUCUCUCUCUCUCUCUCUCUCUCUCUCUCUCUCUCUAUAUACACUGUGUGUCUCUCUCUCUCUCUCUCUCUCUAUACACUGUGUGUGUCUCUCUCUCUCUCUCUCUCUCUCUCUCUCUCUCUCUCUCUCUCUCCCCC